AAACGCACAGAAACGAAAUACUAGUAUACUACACAUUCGUACUAGACACCAGGCCAUAUUAUUAUUCUCUGUCCAUUUAAACGUUUAUUUUCCAUUCUCUCCACCAUUUCUUGGAGACCCUUUUGAAUAUAUUAUAUUAUAUUUGAUAGUGAAAAUCUAUUAAUGGAUGAGAAUAAUAACCUUGAGCGUUCUUUGGAGGCUACUCCGACCUGGGCUGUUGCAGUAGUGUUCUUUGUGUUGAUUGUCAUUUCUAUCAUCAUUGAACAUGCCAUUCACUUUUUAGGAGCAUGGUUAAAAUCCAAACACAAACGAGCCCUUUAUGAAGCCCUUAAGAAGGUUAAAGAAGAGCUUAUGCUAUUGGGAUUCAUAUCGUUGCUCCUAACAGUGUUCCAAGGAGUGAUUGCUGACAUGUGUAUUCCAAGAACUGUUGCAAAAUCUUGGCAUCCUUGCUCAAACGAGACAGCUAAUGUUAUUUCAAGUUCAAAAGCAGUAGAUUAUUGUUCGGAAGUUGGUAAAGUUGCUAUAGUGUCUAAAUAUGGGAUUCACCAGCUUCAUAUAUUCAUCUUUGUCUUGGCUUUUUUCCACAUUAUUUACUGCAUUACCACCUUGGCUCUAGGCAGCACCAAAAUGAGACAAUGGAAAGUUUGGGAGGAUGAGACAAAGAAAAUUGAGUACAUAUACAGCAAUGAUCCUGAGAGAUUUAGAUUUGCAAGAGAUACAUCAUUUGGAAGAAGACAUUUGAACUUGUGGAGCCAGUCACCAAUUUCACUUUGGAUUGUGUGCUUUUUCAGACAAUUCUUCAGGUCAGUCACUAAGGUUGAUUACAUGACACUGAGGCAUGGAUUUAUCAUGGCACAUUUGGCUCCAGAAAAUGACACGAGAUUUGAUUUUCAGAAAUACAUCAGCAGAUCACUUGAAGAGGAUUUUGUAGUUGUCGUUGGGAUAACCCCACUCCUUUGGUUUAUUGCAGUAUUGUUUCUACUGUCCAACACAUAUGGAAUUGUCUCUUAUCUAUGGCUGCCAUUUCUACCUCUGAUUAUACUAUUAUUGGUGGGAACUAAACUUCAAAAAAUCAUAACGAUGAUGGGAUUAAGGAUUCAAGAGAGUGGAGAUGUGGUGAGGGGUGCACCAUUGGUUCAACCAGGAGAUGAGCUCUUCUGGUUUGGACGGCCUAAGUUCAUGCUCACUCUCAUACACAUUGUUCUGUUUCAGAAUGCGUUUCAGCUAGCCUUUUUUACAUGGAGUACUCUUACAUUCGGCAUAGACACUUGCUUCCACAAAAAACGUGAAGAUAGCAUCAUAAGAAUCUCAAUGGGGAUCAUCAUACAUGUUCUGUGCAGCUAUGUCACUUUGCCUCUAUAUGCUCUUGUCACACAGAUGGGGUCUACAAUGAGCCCAACCAUUUUCAAUGACAGAGUAGCAGAAGCACUAAAGAAUUGGCACCUUUCAGCCAAAAAGAACAAGAAACACAGCCGACAUUCGGGGGCAAACUCGCCAUUCUCAAGCAGGCCUGCAACUCCAACCCAUGGCAUGUCUCCAGUUCAUUUGUUGCAGAAUUAUAGAAGCACAACUGAGGGAUACUAUGGUGGGAUGUCUAAUGUCGAAAACGACUACCAUGAGCGUGAAGGCACACCAUCUCCCAACAAUGGAACAGUUGAAAUGGUUAUAAAUGAAGAAGGAGACCAGUUAGUUCAGGAGCCAAGCUCCUCACAGCAACGUGAGGUCAAGUUGGCCUCAUCUCACUUCUCUUUCCGGAAGUGAAAAUAGAUUUUAAUACUGUUUUACUCUUACAUGUUUUUUUUUUUUAACUUUUGGUGUACAUUUUGUUGAAGAAUGUGUAUGAGCUUGAACUUGGUAGCAACUGCGUAAUACAUUGUUACAUACACCAGAGAAUGAUAUUAGUAACUUGCUUAUGACUGUACAAACAACGUACAAUGAAUUUAUAUUAUACUACUUCUAAUAUCAAAUAUGAAGUUAGGACAUCUCGAUAA